CUGCUCCGGAUCCUUGUCGAUGUGCCAGGAUUUCUGGUGUCUACUGUAUUUUCAUCCAAAACAGCGCUGUACCGUGCGCCCAUUGUUUCUUGGAGCUUAAAUAUUCUUUCACAUUAGACUUUCCGUUCGUGCCUGAUAUGCAAGAGCAGUGAAGUGCACGGGAGAGCGGCGGCGGCCCGCUGUGCAGAUAGCCUGCGUGUGAAUUCUGGGAGGCCGGGCGCCCCUCACGCGUCCAGAAGCGCCGGCAUGGAGAGGAUGCUCGUCUCCGUCACCAUCCUCCUUGGCUUACACUCUGUCCGCAUGGCCGGAGCCGUAAAAAUAGGUGUUAUACUUAAGCCGGACUUAAACAUAGUACAGUCAGCGUAUGAAGGAGUAAUGUACAACUACAGCAACAGCAACGUUGCUCAGGAGAUAAAAUUCAAGGUGAAGACAAACUUCGCCACACUGGAGGACACCGACCUUUUCUCCACCAGCAGAACACUGUGCGAGCAGCUGCGCACCAACGUGACGACUGUGGUGGUGUCGAGCACGUCCCACUCGUCAUUGGCGCUGCAGUCGUUGUUCAAGAAUACGAACGUACCGUACGUGGCCACCUCGUACCAGGAGCACUGCAGCGUCAAUGUGGGCGGGAACCUGAACCUGCCGUCGGCUGACUCCCUGGGUGUCUCGCUGCUUCCCGACUACUUGCCGGCCGUCUCAGAGAUGAUUGAUUACAUGCAAUGGCCCGGGUUCAUCUACGUCUACGACUCAGAGAACGGGCCCUCCAAAUUGCAGCGGCUGCUGAGUCACACGUAUCGUAACCCGGUGACGGUGCGCUUCGUUAAGCGCAUAACGAACAGCAGCGACGCCAACGACUUCCUUCGCAUGCUGGAGACGACGGACCGGGAGAGCCGCAAACACGUGCUGCUCGACUGCCGCUUCGACGUGGCCCGCAGAAUCAUCGUGGACCAUGUGCGAGACAUCUACAUGGGACGCCGGAACUACCAUUUCUUCCUCGUCAAUCCGGUUGUUAACGAGCUCACCUACGACAAGAUUCCCGAGUUUGCAGCAGUGAACAUCACUGCGUUGCGCCUGGUCAGCGAGGACGUCUCCCAGCAGUCGUCCAUGGAUCCCUCACAGGAGCCCAGGGAGAAAAGAAUCACGCUAGAAGAGGCGCUCAUUCAAGACGCGGCGUCUCUGAUAGUGGAGACGUACAAGGGCCUGAAGCUGCGAAGCGUGGUGCCACACCGGUAUUCGUACAUCUUCGAGGACCACGAGGACGACGACUCCCUGGCAGCGGCGACCAGGAGAGACGGUGGUCCGUCGGCGGUUCUCCAGCCUCCGCGGCUCGAAGCCGAGCUGCUGGAGGAAGGCGCCGAGGCGGUGCCGCAGUCGGACGCGCCACACCAAGGCUUCGGCUGCGGAGAGCGGCCGUCGAUUCCGCAGGAACUCGGCGAGAUCAUCACUAAACAUCUUCGAGGGAGAAGCUUCCAAGGUCUGACUGGGCCUAUUCGUUUCACGAAUGACGGAUGCAGAAUUGACUACAAAGUGCACAUUGUUCAAUUAAACACCACAAAUGAGGCUUUCAAGGUGGCAGAGUGGUCGGACACUAAGGCGUUUGAACCAGUGGUUAAGCCCCUUGAACCUUUGGUCAAUGUUACAGAGGAACUCAAUAAGGACCGCGUGUACCUGGUACAGAGUGUUUUGGACAAGCCAUACCUCAUGGUGAAGGACUCCUCGGACGGGCCGGAGCGCACUGGAAACGAUCGGUAUGAAGGUUUCUGCAAAGAUCUGAUGGACGCCCUCGCCAAGGAGCUCCACAUCAAGUACGAGCUGAGGGCAGCGGAGGAGACCGUCUACGGUCGUCGGGAUCACAAGGUUCAAGGUGGUUGGACGGGACUCAUCGGACAAGUAGUGCGGAAGGAAGUGGACAUGGGCGUCGCCGCCACCUUGGUGAAGGCCGAGCGCCGCGAGGCGGUGGACUUCAGCCUGCCCUUCUUGGAGACCGGCAUCGCGGCCCUCGUCCUGCGAACCGAGCCCGUGCUGGGCCGCGGCAUGCUCACUUUUCUGGCGCCCUUCUCGUUCGAGCUGUGGAUCUUCUUCGUGUCCGGCCUGGCCGUCGUCAUGCUCGUCAUGUUCCUCGUGAGCUUCUUCACGGCGCGGGCCUCUGCUGCGAAUGAAAAGCCUGGAGUCGAGCGACACACGUCGGGCGCUCUCUUCAAAAGUGUUUGCUACACGCUCGAGGCCUUCACGCCGCACUACAUUGAUUCGUAUUACGCCAGGUCCAUCGCCGGGCGGUUGAUCGGGAACGUGUGGUGGCUGUUCGUGGUGUUUGUGUUUUCUGCGUACACGGCCAGCCUGGUGCCCUUCCUCUCCACUGAGACGAUGCCCCGACUGCUCGCCACCGCCGAUGACUUAGCCGACCAGACGACCGUCGAGUACGGAUUCACCAGGCAGUCAUCCGCCAGGAACUACUUCGAGAACCCAAACCUGAACUCUAGCGUGCACAAACGCAUGUGGGAAACGAUGAACAGCAAGCCGGACGUGUUCACCGCCUCGGAUGGUGAUGGCGUGCAGCGGGUACGCGGGUCAAAGGGCCGCUACGCCUUUUUCAUGGACGCCAACAAGGCGGACUACAUUAGCAGCCAACGCCCCUGCGACACGGCCACGCUGGGAGAGCCUUUCGGCAGACGAAACUUCGCCGUGGCGUUGCCUAAGGACUCGGCGCUCAGAAAGCCUCUCGAUGAAGCAAUUGCCAGGCUUACAGAAAGUGGGGAGCUGUUAAAGCUUAAGAAAAAGUGGUGGUCUGAAAAAUCUGUCUGUCAAGAAGUUUUCAGAAAGGAUGGCCUCGUGAUGACAUUAGAGAAUUUCCUGGGUGUAUUCUUUAUCCUUGGCGGAGGAGUGGCGCUUGGCCUCCUUGUGGGAUUCAUCGAGAUUGUGUACCGCGCAUGCGCACGCAGUUCUUCAUGCACCAAGGGCGAAGAUGCAGCACCCACAGAAGAAGCUCAAAUACCUGAAAAGGAGUACAUCGAUCAGCCACUGGCCUGCGCGUAACUUCCUUGUUGGUGGCCCGUGGCAGAGGCUGGAAUCUACAAUGUUGGUUCCGCUGAAGCCAAGACUCAGCAUUUAUCACGCCAGUAUGGGCAAGAGGCCGGAAUUCUCUCCAGAAGUAUUUUUCUGAGCGAGCACUUCAUUUUCAUCCACAACCUUGGUUAUGUUUGCAUUUCACGUUCUUUGUUUUGUCAUACCAGCUUACGAUCACACCUACCGUGACCAUCCUUUUAUUUUACUUAUGGUGUCAAUUAUAUAUGAAAAGGAGCACUGGCAGAAUAAAUUUAAAACGCAUUUUAGACAAAAUUCAUUUUACAAGUUUGUGAAAUUGUAAAAAUUCGAUUUAGUUGUGUAAAGCCUCUUGCAUUAGCAGAAGAAAGUCUUGAUAGAGGUGUAGACCGAACUGGGGGAAUUCGGCAUCUGGGGCUCUACGCAAACUGUGUUUUAAAUAAUUUUCAUGCGUUGUAAUGGCGAAUUUCUGUGUGCGUCGGUGGCAAGUGUUUUGAACUGCGCAAGACAUGCUGUUCUUGUCUUAUAUUACGACCCCAAGCAGUCCCUUCCUCGUGUUGCUCUGCGAUGCCGCACAAUUAUUUGCAAGAUAACUGAUUAAUCCUACGACUGAAGCUGCCAACGAUAUGAAUGUAUACAAACUCCAUCUUUUUAUACAGAAUUUCGCAAAUGCGAGACCAGUACUUGAUGGUCAAAUGCUCACAAAGUGUUGAACAAGUUUUUAUCUAUAGACUUCGUAGCUGUUUGUAUGUUGUGCAUAUGAAAAGUCACAUGUUAUAUGUCGGUGUCUUGUAGCAUAUACAUAUUUCGCAUAUUCAUCAUAUUUCAUUCAAGACAAAAACAAUGCUCCUCAACUUACGCCCCACUUCCACUAAUUUUGACGUUCCAUUGGUAUCAACUGUCUAUGUGCUCAGUUGUUUUCGUCAUUGAAGGGCAUUUCUGUGAAAAACAUGAAUCUAUUUUCAGUCCUCCGAACAAAAUGAAAAACGCACGUGGAAUAAUAUUGCCAAAUCCAUUUGGACGCUCAGCAUUCAAAUUUACUUCACUGCUAUUUUUGAAGGAAUCCGCUAUAUAUCUUCAGAUUUGAUAUCCACAAACUUCGACAUGUGUGUGCAAAAGCUUUGAAUGCCUUGUUCACGAAAGUACAGAAUCGUUUGUCGAUAUAGGAUUGUUCUUACAACACUGCCAAUAUUACGAUCUGCGAGUUACAGGUUCACGUCAUGUACUUUUAUUUGGAAUGUUGCACAUGUGUUAUCUUCUUUCUCUCUCAACCUAUUUCUAGUGACAAUAAAGUACAGAAAAUAAGGGGUCUAAAUUAAUUAGUAGAGCACCUUAGUGGUGCGCAUGAGAACUCCAUGCAACCAGUCAACGCCCUUGCUGUUCAUAUAUAUAUAUAUAGUAUUUCUUUUCAAACGUUGAUCUAUAUAGCAUAAUGCAAUGAAGACCGUUUUCCACGCACUAGAAUUGAUAAAGAGCAGGAGUUUUCUGCCGGUGGAAAGUCAUGAUCUCAAGUGGUGCUUCUGAACAAAGGACUCAUCGAAACAAUGUUGCCCAGCCGCGGAGUUUGCAUAUUCAACAUGUUACACAUUCGGAAUAGAUUGGUCCCGGCUAGAAAAUGAAAAUUUGCUCUUGAUUUGGCAUUCUUUCUUUAUGGGAACAAUAAAUAACUGUAUUCUAAGGAAUGUGAGGAGGUUAUUUCAUGUUGUACUUCACUUACCACCACAAAGGAAUAACUAUUUGUGUGAGCUAAUUUUUUGCUGAAUAAAAUUGCACGUGCAGCUUUCAGUGGGGUCAUUUAGGGCUUUAUCUCUCU